CAGCGUGGAAAUACAAAAUUAUAAAGUGCGUACGGCAUCCCAGGUCGCUUGUGGCGAGAAGGCUAGAAUGCCAGUAUUCCCACGCAUGUUCGCUGAAAACGGAUGUGUGACGCAGUUUUUAAUAUGAUUUAAAACGCAUCGUACCUGUCAUUUCUGAAUUCCUGGCUAUUUACAAAUAAUGCGAUCAAAUAAUAAGAUGAAAGUGAGUGCUAAAGACUUUUCAGAAUGCAAUUGGCACGCCAACGCAAUAAACUCAUACAGAGAGUGACGAUACAUAGUGGGGUUGAAUCUUCUUCGGUCACUGGCAAGCCAUUUUCGCUUUCUGUCAUCGUUGUAGAAAAUGGUUUUUUGAUAAGCGCUUCUGUUGCCCAAAAUGAGUUGAUGCAGCAGAAAUAUAGAUCGAAGAAUCUUGUGCACUAUAGUACAAGGCACGCUGGAUCGAUUGUAGAAUACCCGGGGCAGUGUGUAUAUGAGGCAAAUGAGUGGAACGGGCGAGACAUGCAAGACCCAGCGGCAUUUGAGAGGGACAGGGUCAUUAUCUACUGCAGCUUCUAUGACGAGCAAGAGACCACUUGUUGAUGCAUUAUUCAGGUCUAUGGAUGUAACAAAGCCAGCUACAACAAAUCUUGCUCUAAUAUUUGCCGGCGUGAUAGCACCUCCUUGUCGCUACCAAGGAAAUACAGAUGAUGACUACACAGAAGCUAGCGAAAUGGUACAUUCGAGAAGGGACUGAACAUUUACACGUUAUUUCGUAUAUUUUAUAUUCAAAAAAUCUGUAAAAGUGAGAAGGUCCCAGUCUGUACAUGGAAGGCAGCAACUCCUUCACGGCGUCUUCAACGCCAGUCUACGAGUCUUGUCUCUUCAUCAGUUACGUACCGAUUUUAGGAGAUCGCAUAGCCUCCACGAUUU